UUCCUGGCGCCCAGCCAAGCCGGAAGUGGCCCAAGAUGGUGGCGGUCGUUAGUCCCCUUCGUGCCUCCUCAGCGAAGCCGGCCUGGGUAGCGGCGGCGGCGGCGGCGGGGUUGCUGCUGGUGCUGCUGCUGAUAGGGCCGGGACCUGCGUUGGCCGGGCGGAAUCAAGUCAAAGUGCUGACUGACGGAGCGUGGCAGGAACUGCUGCAGGGCGAGUGGAUGGUGGAAUUCUAUGCUCCUUGGUGUCCGGCCUGUCAGAAUUUACAGCCAGAAUGGGAAAGCUUUGCCGAAUGGGGAGAGGAUCUUGAAGUGAACAUUGCCAAAGUCGAUGUAACAGAGCAGCCAGGACUAAGUGGAAGGUUUGUCAUAACAGCACUUCCCACCAUUUACCAUUGUAAAGAUGGAGAAUUUAGACGGUACCAAGGUCCCCGAACUAAAAGUGACUUUAUCAAUUUCAUCAGUGAACAAGAAUGGAAGUCUGUUGAGCCUGUCUCUUCAUGGCUUGGACCAUCUUCAUUUCUGAUGAGCAGCAUGUCUGCCCUGUUUCAGCUUUCCAUGUGGAUUAGGCACUGUCACAAUUACUUCACAGAAAAUCUUGGCAUACCGAACUGGGGAUCCUAUGCAAUUUUUGCGUUUGUAACUUUGUUUUCGGGGUUGCUGCUAGGGCUUAUCAUGGUGUUUCUGGCUGAUUGUGUGUGUCCCUCUAAAAAGCAAAGGCCACAGCAGCAUCCUUAUCAGAAAAACCUACUGGAACCUGCUCAGCAUUUGAAAAAAAAAAGUGAAGGGCCUGAUGGAGUCAAUCUUCUUGAUGAUGGAAUGGACCAUGGAGAGCCGAGGUGCCCUGUCCCUUCACCGAACCCUGUGAGACAGCGUGUCAUGAAACCUGCUUCCGAAGCAGAACAGUCAUAGCUCUCACCAGCCGGCUCACCUUCUGGAGUUCCUGAGUGGAUAACUGUUGUCCAGAUAUGCAGAUGGGCAGGGGAGGUAGGGAAGUCCUCCUCUUCCACCUCCCAAGAGAACUGAGACUCAGAAUCGUUUUGAGGUGGCGAAAAACUGUUUCUGAAUCUUUCAGUGGGACAAGUUUAAAGCAUGGUGAUGGACGUGCUUUAUGUGUCUCCCUGGGACAGGUCUGGGAGGUGCGAAGGGUUAAUUUGCCUAUGGGGCAGUGAACUCCAGAAUUUGGAUGAGUUCACAGGAACCAGUCUGCAGUGCUGGAUAGCAUUGGGCCCAAAAGCUGAUGAUCCUUCCUGCAGAAGCCUUUCUCUCCAGGUAGAAGUAACCUAGGAGGAAAAAGCUUUCUUCUGUACUUGUUUGGAUCCCAACUCAAGGGGCUGCUUCUUGGCUUGCUUUUACAGGUGCAAAAAAACCCCCCAAAAAACAAAAACAAAAAGCCUUUUUUCAUUCUGACUGAUAAUAAAAAAACGAUCUAGCUAAUUUUGGACUCCCUGGACGAUUUGAGGCCUGGGAUUUUUGAAUAGCAGCUGAUUCUCCCAAAUGCUUGGAUCCUGUGGCAAGAGUUUUUUGUUUUUGUUUUUUCAAAAAUUGCUUGUUCUAUGAGCUUGUUAUGUCAGAGACUAUUGUUCAAAAGUGAAAGAGCCCAAAGUAGCCCUUUUGCCUAGUCUGAACACUAGUGUGGUACAUUGUCCCCCACCCGAUCCUCAAUAUUGGAUUUUCUCCUCUUCGUGUGGUAGUUUUCCUCACUUCCCCUUUUGUAUCUCCUGUUUGUCGUACCAGAUUGAUGGAGAUGCCAUAUUCCAAACUUUGCCCAACAGUGUUGCUUGGUUGGCACAUCAAACUUCAUAGGCAACUAAUUGGCAAGAAAAAUAAGUAAUCAUGUAGAGUUAGUUUAGUUAUCUUGUUACUUAUUCUUAAUAGCUUAAAGACUAAGGCUUAGAGCUUCAUUAGAGAUUCCUGGAGGGCGGGAUGCCAUUGUUAGCCUAGUUUCCAAUUUCUUUCCCUGGUGGAAUUUUCUGUUUAGAUCUUUGAAUGAAAUUUCAUUUUUAUCAGUAUUUCAGGACAACGGAUUCUUGCAGCAGCUUCUGUCAGCAUCGCACAAAGCCAAGAAAUUCCAUCAGCUCUCAUUUUUUCAUGUACUGUAUUUCCAUUCCUCUUAGUUCUGUUUCCUAAGGCACAACGUUCUCAGAAAGGUUUCUGAUACUAGCUUUUUUUUUUUUUUUUUUUUGCACUCCAGAAAGUCACUUUAAGGACGUUUCAGCUUAAUGAAAAAUACUGCUUAAGGAGGAAGACUCAAGGGUCAUUUGACAUGGCUGGCUAGCCUGCCUUAGCCACCUGUUUCUUUGACAAAUCACAGGUUUUCUUGAUAAGUUUGAAAAGUUUUAGAAAAAUAGGAUAUUUCCCUGCAAAGGCAAUAGUAUAUGACUUUAGCUGAUAAUAGUAGGAUACAGUGCAGUUGGGAUAGUAUGAAGCAGGCUUAGAGCAGUUUGGUUUUGUAUCAAAGUAUCUCUUUUUCCCUCCUUAAA